AUGUCCGCCGCUACACCUCCGAAACGGAGUCAACUGGAAGCAACUGCUAAUGUCAGCUAUCUUUGGUGUCCAGUAGUCACCACCAUCAAUCCCUAUUCGAGACACUCGGAGGCACUUUGUACAGAAAACGGAAACAGUAACGAAGUCUGUGGAAUAACUGUCGACGCAGACGUGGCCGUCCAAACCGAAAGUGUUGAGGUACUGCAAAGUACACAAAAAUGA